AUGUGUAGCACUUGCUGACGUCACAUCAAAACAAAGAUGGAAGACGUGGCAGAUGUAAACAUUGAGCAAGUGCGAGAGAAUUUCAGCAACUGGGAAGCAGACAGGGCUCCUUUGGCACCACUGACACCCCAAGAACGCGACAGUAUUAUAGAGCUAACAGCAGUGUCAGACUAUCGUCCCCUGCCCCCUGGGAUUACUGAAGAUGGUGUUGCAGUUGUUAUUGCUAGGGCUGCUACCAGUCCUCCAGGUCAUGAUGCUGAGCACAGUCUUCCUGAGAGUUUAGCAGAUUUAAAGCUGGGUAAAGUCAAGAUAGAGUCAAGUCAACAGUUUCUAACAUGGUUUGCGAGUGUGGAGGAGGAAAUGUGUGAGGAGCAAGAUGGUCCAUAUAAAGAUUACAUCAAUCAGUUAGACAGUCAUCGCUCUGAGUGCCGCACACUUCUCUCCCAGUUAGACCAAGCAUUGGAUAAUCUUCAUCAUCUGUCAUCACAGUACACCAGUGUUUCAAAUAAAACAAGUGCUCUCCAUACAGAUUGUGAGCAUUUACUAGCAGAACAAACCAGAUUAACAAACAAGGCAGACACUGUUGAAAGCAAACUUACAUAUUUCACUGAAGUAGAUAAAAUUAGCCAGAAACUUAAUUCUCCAGCCUUUCAAGUUACAAGUGAUGGUUUUAUACCAUUGUUAGCCAAAAUAGAUGAAUGCAUUGGUUAUAUGAAUGGAAACCCCUCUUUCCUAGAAUCUUCCUUGUACCUUGCAAAAUACAAGCACUGCUUAAGUAGAGCUUUGGGGAUGGUGAAGUUAUAUGUGACAAGAUCCUUAGAAAAUGCCACUCAGCAAGUUUUACCUAAACCAGGCAGUGAAAUGCCAUCGUCAGACAAUGCAGCAGUGUUAUAUUAUGGGAAGUUUAGGACUAAUGCUCCAAGGAUUAAAUCUUUAAUGUCUGAGAUAGAAGACAGAGUGGAAAAUAGCCCUGAAUACUUGAACUUGUUAAGUGAUUGUCAUCAGUGUUACUUUGCUCAACGUCAAACACUCCUGGGCCCUUGUGUGGCAGAUGCUGUAAACCAGUUGUCCCAGAAGUACCAGAGGGAUUAUUGUUCUCUGGUGCGAAGUGGUUGUGCCUUUCUUGUUCAUGUAUGUGAAGAUGAACACACGCUAUAUUAUCAGUUCUUUACAGCUCCUACCCAAGAAUUGGAUACAUUCCUCCAGGGGCUGUGCACUGGUUUGUACGAUGUUCUUCGCCCCCUCAUCAUACACAUUGAUCAUUUAGAAACACUUUCAGAAUUAUGCAAUAUUCUUAGGAGAGGGAUGAUAGAAGAACAUCUACAAAGUAAUCCAUCUCAGUUGGCACCUCUAACUUCAGUUGUAAACCAGAUGUUGGAAGAUGUGCAAGAACGAUUGGUGUAUCGGGCUCAUAUUUAUGUACAAACAGACAUUGCCAACUACCGUCCAUCACCAGGAGAUUUAGCCUAUCCAAGCAAACUUCAAAUGAUGGAAACAAUUGCUGAAAGUUUAGCCAACCAACGGAAAAUGCACUCUAGAAAUGCAUCUGUAUCAUCCUUGUCUUCUGUGAGAUUCCCUUCCUAUAUGGAGUAUAAUGGGAGCCUUAUUCAAACCGUACCACCUCCACAAAUUGAGUCAGCAACAAGUGAAGAAGUAGCUACCAUUAAUGAAGGAGCUGAAGAAAGAUUUUCUCGUGUUGGUACGUCACCUGCAGAUCUCCAUGGGAUGUGGUAUCCUACUGUUCGUCGUACCUUGAUGUGCUUAUUCAAGUUGUACCGCUGUGUUGACAGAAGCAUCUUUCAGGGUGUGUCAUUAGAAGCACUAGCAGCGUGUAUGCAGAGUCUCAGUGUUGCUUCAGCAUCAAUCAAUAAGUCAUCAUCUCCUCUAGAUGCCCAGUUAUUUGAGAUUAAACAUCUUCUCAUUCUUCGAGAGCAGAUGGCUCCUUUCCAGGUUGAUGCUUGUUUACAUGAGACCAGCCUUGACUGGAGUAAGGUACGAAGUGCUGCCUUAGGUUUAAUACAGAAGAGGGGUAGACUUUUCUCACUCUCCUCAACCAAUUCUCUUCUGGAGUUCAUUGUAGAAGGAACUCCCCAGGUAACAGAAUUGCGCCUUGAUUCUAAACGGGAUCUUGACAAUCAGCUGAAAACAUUGUGUGAACGAUUGAUUUUUACUUGUACUGAAACACUUUCAAGCCCACUUACUAGAUUCCUGGCCAAGGCCGAAGUUAUCCUACAAAUGAAUAAAGAAGAAAAUGUUAAACCUAUUGUUUUAAAAAAUCAACCAUUUGCAGUACCAGAGAAGUUGGCGGAUACAGUGAAUACCUGUCAGAAAAAUAUUCGAACUCACCUUCCAAACAUCCAGCGAAGUAUGCAGCUUUAUCUAGCUAAUCGAGACACUGAAUUCAUACUCUUCAAACCAGUUCGCACAAAUAUUUUGAACUCUUUCAGCAAGAUCCAUAAUAUAAUAGUAAACAACUACAAUGAAGAGGAGCAAAUAAUCAUAGCCUGUCCAACACAAGAAGAGGUUUCAGCCCUUUUGUCAUCAUUGUUCAAGAGUUAAUACAUUUAUAGUUUUUAUGAAGUAUGUAUUGUUAUUUCUUGUUGCCAUAGGAUUUUGAGCAGCAUUAUUGUGAAGUCCUUAAUUUUUUUCUUUUAUGAAAUAUUCUGCAGUUUCUUCUUCAUGGAUCUUUAAUAUAAAAUACACAAAAUGUGGCACAGAAAGAGUACCAGAAGGCAGAAAAUAAUUGGCCAAAUUUCUUUAACUACUAAGUAGUACAGCAAUAGUCAUUAUUGAAUUACCAAUACAGUAUUGUGAAAUCUAUCAACUGGUACAGUUCAUAAAUAUAAAUACAAUGGUUACAAAACUAGUUCAAGGAAAUUAUUUAAUGCUAUAAAUAUAAGAAACACAAUAUGUGAUACCAAGAGUAUUAGAAGGCAGAAAAUCAUUGGCAAAGUGUCUUAAUUGCUGAUGCAUACAGUAGUAAUUUUUAAAUUACCAAUACUGUGUAAUGUGUCAGUACGAAUACAAUGGCUACAUCACUAUUUCAAGGAAAUUACUAUUUAACAGUAUGUUAAUUCAUAUCGCUAACAUUACCAAAAAUUUUUGUCCUUAAUAUUUAUAUCAACUGUACGAGUCGGACAUUCAGGUGACACAUUCAAUAAAAACUUAUGUGCUGUUCAUAGGUAUCAUCUGAAUUUUUAAAUAGCAUUCUGGAAAUUAUUUAAUUUCUUGUAUCUAAACUAUUCAUAAUUCUUAUUAAAGUAUCAUGUACUAAGGAAGGGUAGCAUUUAAAGUUAAAAUUUUUGGUUAAAUACUGAGAUAUAUCUCCCUGUGAUAUAGCUGGAUAGUUCUCAUCUUAGUGAAGAUCAUGAAUAAAAUUUAAUGUGCUGUUGACUAUAAAGAAAUGUGUCAAAUAAAAUUACCAUGGUAACAAUGGAUAAGAACUGAAUCUCUUGUUUCCACAAUGAAGUUUACAGAUUGUGACUUACUGAAAGUAGGUAUUUGCUGUACACUGUAGGGCUGCCAAACCUAGUAUGGGGUAUAAAAAAACUAGGUAACAAAGCACAUUAGUUUUGAGGAAUUGUUUUCAGCCAUUGUUAGUCACCAUAUCCAUUAAAGCUGAACAAUCUAAGUUGCCAUCAAUGUUUUUCACAAUUGCAAGAGCAAAAAAACUUGAAAAAAGAUAAAGUACUUUGUGUACUUGGAAUAAAAGUCUCUUCACAGAUGCCAAUUAAGAAUGAUCCCGUAACUGAAGUUGAUUAAAAUAGAAGUUCUAAUUUUUUAUAUUUACAAAUUACUACAGCAGAAAUUAACAAAAUAAUAUAUAUUGCAAAAUAAGAUAUACUGAAAUUAUACAAAUUGUUUAUAAUAGCUUGAAACUAUUAUGGUUGUAUUGUUUCCAAAAUAUUCAUAACUUUCUGACUUAUUGUAAAAUAUGUUUAACCAGGUACUUUAACAACAAUUAAUUUCACUAACCAUCAUUUCACAAAAGUGCUGCUUGAUGGUCUCAAGACGUUGUUAGAUAUAACCAUCAAUUUCAAAAGGACUGAAUUCCUUGUCCAUCCCCUAGGCAUAAAGUUAUGAUUAGACCCCUGAUGCCAUUUGAUGAUAAUAUAGUUAUCUACAACAUGAGUUACAAUGAAUAUCCUGUACAAGUGACAACAGAGGUCUAAAAGCAAGGUUGUAAUUUGCAUUUGAUAUGUUUGUGAAUUUAAUUGAACACAUACGAAACACAAAUAGAGAAAAUGUUAUGGACUCUUAAAUAUUGGCUUUAUGUCUAGUAGUUGAAGUGCUGAGCUCAGUCCUAGUUUGACAUUAUGGUUAAAACAUGUAAAUAAUAAUGUAUUUAUACGAAUGGGUAAUUCAAGUUAAAUAAGUUAUUUAUAGGUUAUUUUGCCAAAGAUUUAAUUAUGAAUAUUUUUAAUGUUUUCUUAUGCAAGGAAGGUGUGCUAAGUUUAUGCGAAUGAUUGCCUUACAUUUGUUAGAAAAAUGAGAAUUAAUAAAAUUUUAUAUUAAAA